UGCAAAGUGGCGUCACGCCCUCCAGCUCACCGACAAUGACCACCAUUGGUUUUAGCUUUCAAGUUGUCACCAUAAUGCGCUAAAUCUGAAAUGUACGCCUGAUAUAUUAAAGAAAAAGUGCUUUGAUAGUAAUUGUCAACAUUAUGAAAAGAUAAGGUCCAAGGGUAUCGCAUCCCACAGGAAGCUGAAGCGGCUGCUCCUACAACCUCGCCGUCUUCCCAGGCUGACAAGACCAGAUCAGAGAAGGAGCGUGACAAGAAGAAAGAGGAGAAGAAGAAAGAAAAGGAUGCUGACAAACUGGAAAGACACAGCAACUCUAAGUCAGAGUGCAGAUCCAGCCCCAAGAAAAGCACCGAACCGGCCGUGGAUCUGUUGGGCCUCGAUGCUCCAGAGGGAGAAGGGAACGGUUCUGAUCAAACGGGUCCUGGCGGGAAUGAGCUGGAUCUGUUUGGACCGAUGGUGUCCAACCCGCUUCCCCCCAACAACACAAAGCAUGAUCAGUCAGGCUCCAGUGCAGCUCCUCCACAGGUGGAACCCUCCACUUCCACCUCCUCUUCCUCCACCUCCUCUUCCUCCACUGCCACAAAGGUGGAGGAGAAGAAGCUUUUAUCUAAGGACUCCAUCCUGUCUCUGUAUGGCAGCAGCUCAGUGGGCAGUCAGCCGCAGAGCCAGCCGCAGCCGGCUGCUGCAGGACCAGCAGGAUUGUACCUGGGCCAGCCUCAGGUGCAGUUCAACCCACCGGGUUUCCCUCCAGCGAUGGGAGGAAGCGUCCCAACCACGGCCAUGACGGGCGGCGGUCCGCCGAUGUCCGGCGUGACGCUGCCAAACGGCGGCUACAUGGGAGGGAUGCCGGCCAGCCAAGGACAGAACCUCUACAACAUGCAGCCGCAGGCACAGUGGAACAUGAGCCAGCAAAUGUCUAGCAUGGGUUUGGGUGGCGGAGGACCGGCGGCCGCUGCGCCUGCGACCGGUUGGUCCGCUUCUCCAGCGCCAGCUUCUGGCCAAACCCUCAGCACUCAGCUGUGGAAGUAACCCGGACCCAGUCCAGAGGAUGCCGUGGGGUGGUGGGGCAACAGACUGAUUUACUCUCCUGUGUGCACAACGUUGCUACUAAUAAUGAUUGAACAACUUAAAAAAGAAAUUAAGAAAGAUCGGCAGCUGUGUUCCCCUUCUUUCCAAAUGUUCCUCCUCUGAUCCGUCUCCUUUUGUUGUCAUUGUCUGAAAAGAGACACAACAGAGUAACAAGCAGGAAGCUGAUAACGCUUACAUAAGCCUUUAUCAUUACAGAAACGUAGAGUUAGUGAAUCGUGGUUCAGUACCUACAGUAGAUAUGGAUAUCUUGUUGUUGGUCUAUGCUUCCCGCCUCGCCCUGUCCUCUGUAACGUACAUUGAACUCUCUCCUCUCUCUCCUGACUCCCUCUGUUGAGCCAACAGAAGCACACAGCAGAUACUUGUCUGAGCAGUACUGCAUUUCUAUGAAAAAUUAUAAGAAACUCCUGCAUUUUCAAAGAAGAGGGGAAAAAGUCUCAGCUUGAUGGGCUUUUCUGUGAGGUUCUACUGCAGGUUUAUACUUUAAAUGUCAUUUUCCACAUAUAGUCACAGAUUUUAACCAUUUCCAUUGUAAAAUAAUUAAAAUAAAGCACUCAACUGAAGCAAUAUUACAA